AUGGCACCCCCAACCCUCCUCACAAUCGACAAAGAUAUACGCACAAGGAUCCUCAAAUUCUUCUUGGUCGCCUCGGACAAGAUCCAUCCCAAAUACGCCAACUUCUCUACAAACCCAACGAAGCAGUAUCUCAGAACACUAUCCUUGGUGUGCAAACAACUACACGAAGAAGCCCUCGCUAUCUUCUUCACCAAGAAUACUUUCUGCUUUGAGCUGGGUCAAUCGCGAGGCGAGUCCCGUGGUCCUGCUAUGUUGCGUAAGUCACCUAUUGACUCAAGUCUCCUUGUACCAGCGCCUCUGUGUUGUCCACUCCUCUAUCACAUCAAGGGUAUUUAGACGACGCACAGAGAUCCAACCCAACUUGAGGCCAUCCCUACACUAUACUCUAAAAAAAACCCCCUACUAACAUACCCACACAGACCCCCUAUUCUUCAGCACAUUCGGCGCAAGCCCCACCAGAAAACUGAUGGAAAAACUAACCUUCGAGCUCUUCAACCCCCGACCGCGCAUAGGAAAAAACAGCACACACCGGCUCCUCGGACACGGCGGCCGCAACACCUUCGGCUCGCCCAUCCAGCUCCCGCACAUGCUAGGAGACCGCAACUCGGAGACCGCAUUACAAGGUUCCAUCGAUAGUCUCCCCCUGUUGCCACACAUCAAAGAAAUCACGAUCGUCCUCAAGAUCCCGAGUCACUUCCAGCUGUGCGAAUGGCACUUCACUUACUACACCGAGAAAUACGGUGGCAUGGCACCACUCCAUCAACGUCCUCCGAACGAAAGAGCCCCGGGUGGGAAAUGCUCCGGCAACCAAGACAAACGACGGGUCGAUAAUCCAUAUCCAUUCCCUCGAUAUGAUUUAAACAGGAUCUACACAUUACUCAAGGAGCUCAAUGGCAAAGCCGCUAUUCGGGUCGUAUGGGAGUUUUCUCUCGAGAGGACCGUGGUGAGGAGGGAGGUAAACCCUCGAAUGAGGAGAUCGAGUGUGAUUGGAUUAAUCUGCAGUUCCUGCGUGCGAUCUUUGAGAUGACGAAGGAGGGGUAUAAUUCUGGAGAACUGCGGCGUUGGUAUGAGACGCUUGAGGUGCCGAAGGAUGGAUGUAAGUCGGAAGAACUCCAGCUUUGGUGUGAGACGAUGGACAUUCCGGGAAGUGAUCGGAUUGAUUACCUGUACGCGACGGAAGAUUCUUGA